AUGGGCACAUUAUUCAUGAAGGAUUAUUCUUAUGCAUAUUAUGUUCAUUGUUUUUCUCAUCGAUUGCAACUUGCCUUGGUUACUGCAGCAAGAGAAGUUGAACCAAUUCUUCAAUUCCUUAUUGUGAAUGUUGUUUGUUCUUCUACAAAGUGCCAUGAUGAGUUACAAGCUUCUCAAUUAGAGGAAAUUGAACAUUUGUUAGAGAUUGGUCAGAUUGUAACUGGUAGAGGUGAAAAUCAAAUUGGUACUUUGACACGUAUUGGGGAUACUCGUUGGGGAUCACACUUCUCUUCUAUUUCUAGCUUGAUAAAUAUGUAUGAAGCAACUUGUAUUGUUUCUAAAAAAUUUGCAAAGGAGGGAUUAAAUUAUGCUUCACGUGGAGAUGUUGAUAGUGCUUACAAUCGCUUGAAGUCAUUUGAUUUCAUAUUCAUAUUGCAUCUGAUGAAAGAGAUCAUGAGUGUCACAAAUAUGAUCUAUCAAGCCUUACAACAACAAUCCCAGGAUGUAGUUAAUGUUAUGCAUUUGGUUUGUACAACAAAAACUCUUAUUCAAGAAUUGAGAGAAGAUAGUUGGGAUAAAUUAUUUACUUGUGUGAAGUCUUUUUGUGAAAAGCAUGAUAUUGAGAUUCCUGAUCUUGAUGAUGUUCAUCCAACAACAAGAUUUGUGCGUUCUCGUCUUGAAGAGAAUCAGGUAACCAUUGAGCAUUAUUUUAGAGUUGAAAUAUUUUUUACUAUCAUUAACAAACAAUUACAAGAGUUGAAUAACAGAUUUAGUGAGCAAGUCAUUGAUUUGUUAACUCUAAGUUGUGCUUUAUCUCCCAAGGUUAACAAUAAGACUUUUAACUUUGAUACUAUUUGCCCUCUAGUUGAAAAAUAUUAUCCUAUGGACUUUAAUGAGCAAGAGAGAAUUAGUUUGCAAUUUCAACUUCGGCAUUUUAUUAUUGACGCUCGUCAAGCAUCGAGAUUAAAGAAUUUAUCAACUAUUCAAGACUUGUGUUCCUCUUUGGUUGCAACUAGAAAGAGUGAAAUUUACUAUUUGAUUGAUAGAUUGUUCCGCCUUGUCACGACUCUUCCUGUAUCUACGGCCACUAUUGAAAGAUCUUUUUCGGCAAUGAAAGUUAUCAAGACAAGAUUGAGAAGUAAAAUGGAAGCUGAUUUUUUAGGAGAUAGUGUGACGAUUCACAUUGAAAGAGAACUUGCUGCAAACAUCGAUUCUGAGACUAUUAUUGAUGAUUUCAAGUUACUCAAAGACCGUAGAGCAUUGUUAUAA